AUGGCCUCCUCCGGCCCGCUCAGCCCGCUGGCCGCCUCGCCCUCACCCCCGACCGCGCCACCUCCACCGGCCUCGGCACCGACGAAACGCCAGCACUCGAUCGACGCUUCGAGCGAGCUCAGCGAACUGACCGACAACGAUGACGAUGACGCACCCAAGGCCCAGACCACACCCAAAGCGUACACCCACGGUCGCGCGCGCAACAAUUCGAACCCCACGGUGUCAACGUCCCUCAACGCGCGAAGAGGCAUCGGUCACCGGCGCCUAUCAAGCCUGAAUGAUGUCAACGCGAGCAGGAGUAGCUCGGACCGCGAACCCGCCAGCCCCGGAAAGAGCCAGGGAGGGUCGAGCGCGCCCACGAGUCGGAGGGGGAAGAAGAGGCGGAGUCUGAUUCCCGAGCCGAUGUGGGGUUGGGCGUACAAGCACGACGAAGAGGACGAGGAAGGCGAGGAGGACGAGGACGGGGAGGACAAGCCGGACGGGAACGUGACCACGAAACCGCCCAUCAACAAUAAAUCCAAACCAAGCCCGGACGACGAUGACGACGGCGCAACGGAGGACGAAAUGAGCGACGUCGAAGCGCCCGUCAAACCUACACCCGUAUCCGGGCCGAGCAAGCCGGUCGUCGUAGCGGGAGAGUCGAGCGAUAGCGGGGAGAGCGAGGCGGAGGAAGAGGAGAGCGCCACGGAAGAUCCCGAAGCGGGAUACGACGACGAGGAUACGGCGAGCGAUGCAGAGCCCGAGCCCGACGCCGGGGCCAUGGACGUCGACCCCGAAACUGACACCGCCGCAGUCCCGGAGCCCGGUCGGGCGGAUGUCAUCGCAGCGGCACAGGCGCUUAUUGGCAUGGAAGACGCGUUGCCCACACCGCCGGCUCCGCCUGUGCCCAAAGCGGUCGUGACAGCUGAUGCGACUGCGAAUCCGAAACCACCCGCCGCUGGGAGCAGUAUCAUGGCCGGCGCCGAGAUACUGGACCCUGAAGCCGAAGAGGCGGACGAGGAUGCUGAAGACGAAGAGGAUGACGUUGAGAAGACCCCUGCACCUGCAUUGCCGAAGGCGGAGGAGAUGGAUGUCGACUUGGCACCUGAAGACGGUGCAGGUGUUGAAGAAGAUGAAGCGGAGGGAGAGGGCGAACUCCAACCUCAACACCGCGUCGAAGCGCUCGACGAACUCGCCAAGGUUGAAUUCAAGUUUGCGAGGUUGAGGGAGUGCGUCUUCAUAGAGAAGAUGGACGCACUUGCUUGGGAGGAAUCCCUUAUUCACAAUGGAACACACCCAGAAAUGUUGCACUUGCAACACGAGCUUACAGCACGCCGCGACGGUCGGAUUGAACUUGCAGAGCGCCGCCGCGUUUACGAGGUGAAUAACGCAUUGAAGAAACGCAAAGCGGCCGAUGACGCAGUCUGGACGUGGUGGAUGAAUGCCCGCGACGGCGUGCAGAACGACAUGAUCGCCGAAGCGAAUCGUAAGCGCCGCAAGAUUGAGCGCGAACGGCGCAACGGCGAGCGCCCACCGCCUGCGCGCACACUACCUCACCCUCCCAACGAGGCUCCGCCUCCUGCGACACUCUACGCGCUCGUACAUUCGCACCCCGCACUGUUGCCGGCGGGAGAACAAACACGCUCAGACCGGCGCGUCUAUCCCGACCUCGAGUCUCUUCCGCUUGCGGAAACCUCGGCCGAUCUCGAGUUCAUAUUCGCACAUCGAAACGCUUUCCCACCACUCGCGCUUCCUCCGCCUCCUCCCUCGCGUGACCUCGGUCCACAACAGCCCCCACCCGACUUUGGCCGGCCACAGCAGCCUCAGCCGCCACCUGAGUAUGUCGCUGUUGGUGGGAGGCAACCGCAGCACCCACCACCAGCCGACUAUGUGCCAAGGGAUUACCGUCCUACGGCGCAGAGCCAGCCCCAGCAACCGCCUUUGCCCCCCCAGCAACGCGAAGACCGCGGCCACGGCCCGCAGAUGCCCGGCUUUGGUGCUCCCUCUGCGCCACCCUCGAGUGUGGGCGAGCAUCCGAAGGUGAACGGAUGGGGACCAGCACCUGCACCACUCCAUUCGCAUGCACACAACCAUGGACCAGCACCGCACCACCACCAUGUGCACCACCAUCACCACCACCAUCACCAUGGACCUGGACCCGGUUCGGCGACGGCUUCAGAGCGUGAUAGGGAUAGGGAUAUGCAGCGAGAGCGCGAGCCGGAGCAUGCGACGUUGACACUCAGUCCAACGAGUGCACGCCAUCGUGAGCGCGAGCGGGAGGGGUGGAGGCAGGAAGAACGCGAACGCGAGGCGUAUGCGCGUCAGGCCGCUCUGCAAGCUCGCGAGGCGAGAGAGCAGAGAGAUCGCGAGCCGCCCUUUGCUCGUGAAGUCCGCGACGCGCCGUUCCCGCGCGGUGAUCCUGCGGCGAGUUCGGCGCCGUAUACGCAGGACAGGUUUGGUACAUACGUCAAUCCUCCGGGUCCAUAUCGCGGCGAACCGAUACCAGGGAGGGAGAGGGGCGACUCUGUACAUGGUCGGGAGCCACCGCUCUCGCGCGAUGGACCGCCUCAUAGUAGAGAUGGUCCUCCGUCCGGGCACAGGGACUUUGCGCCUGUUCCCGCGAGGGACUAUCCGCCGCAUACGCCGAUCUCGCGCGAGCCGCCGUUCGCGAGGGAUGUGGCCGCGGCGCCGUUUGGACCGUUCCCCGGUCAGCGCGAAAGGGAGCGCGAGCGGGAGAGGGAUAUGUACCCUACAAGAGAACGCGAACGCGAGCCUGCCUAUGUGCGGGAACGAGAGCCCGCGCCGUACUCGAAUACUCCGCGCGACCGCGAGCGGGAGCGCGAAACGAAUGGACCAUUCACCACACGUGACCGCGACGCUGUUACGCCGUUCCCUCCCGGUCCGUUCACGCGUGAGCCGGCUGCUGGGCCUGGUUUCCAGCGCGAUGCUACGGGUCCGGGUUUCCAGCGCGACGCAGGCCCGUCACCCUUCGCACGUUCGCCACCGUUUACGAGUAGCCCGAGCGCAUUCGGCCCACCGCCCCAGUCGUUCCCGCCUGCAUCGCCCUACGCAAGAGCGGAAUCUCAAGCAACGAGUCCAUACGCGCCUCCCGCUACAAGUCCAUACGCCGCACGCGGACCAGAGUCGUUUGGCCCUGGACCGUUCGGGCCGAGGCCUGGAGAGCAAAGAAGACCGGCGCAGAGGAGACAGAGUGUCAGCCAGUUUGCGCGAGAUGAUGAUAGGGAGCGAGAACGCGGCCCGCCGUUCGAUCGUGAGCGCGCGUUCGCUGGGCCGGGUGUACCGGGACCUCUUGAUACACGGAUGGAUGGUCCUCCUCGGUCUGGUAUGCCGCUCGAUGGCCCGCGGUCGGCUAUGCCGCUUGAUGGUCCGCGGUCUGGUAUGCCGCUUGAUGGUCCGCGCUCGACGAUGGCUCUUGAUGGACCGCCGCGUUCUGCGAUAUUGGACGGCCCGAGGUCAGCGAUGCCACUCGAUGGUCCGCCGCCGAGGUCGUCGAUGCCUAUGGACGGGCCUGCACGACCGAGGGGUAUGCCGCUGGACAGAGUGCUCGAUGGGCCGUCGACGCCUUUGCCACCUCCACCGCAGCAUAGGCAGGACGAGCCGGACAGGAUGCAUGUCGAUCCUAGACCCGGGGUAGCUGUUGAGGGCGGUGCGUGA